AUGACCAAGGAAGAGGUGGAAAGACUGAAGAUCAGUGGCUUUGACCAUUGCUGCUACAAGGACAUCGCAGACAGAGAGACAUGGAGCUACAAGGCGAGGCAAAACAAGAACUUGCCCCAAGUUGGCCUGCAGAUCAGCCAGUGGCCUCGGUUUUAUGGCGUGAGAGUCGGUCAGUCUGUGAUGAUUUACUGCAAGUCGUCACCAAACAGAAACACAAGCUGGCACAAAGCCGAAGAGUACGACAUGAACAAGAUGGAGGUUUGGAAGGAUCAAAGGAUUCUCUUUGGAAAAAGCGAUCAAUAUGCUUUCAUCAAGAUCAACAAACUCCAAACUGAAGACAGCGGAGUGUACUUCUGUCAAACAAAUAAUGUUUAUGGGCCUGGAACUGCACUACAAGUAGUGAGGAACUUCGACCCGGCUCAGGCCCAGUACCGCUCUCAGGUGAAGGACGGCCUCAUGGUCCUGCAGGGCCUGAUGCUGGCUAUUUGUGUGGCUGCCAUCCUGCUGCGCCAACAAAAAGUGGCCGAGAAGCGAAGAAGCGGUGAAGCUCAGACGAUGAGAGGCGUAGAAGUUCAGAAAGGCACGCAUGCAAACAAAAAACUGGUUCCUGUUUUUCAGGGUUUGGCCAUCGAGACGUGUGGAGGAGAUCUGUACGAGGACCUGUCUGCGUACGCUCAGCCUGAAGGAGCCGAGGCCCCGUGGGAGUAACUCUGACCUUUGACCCCUGACAUCUUCAGAAGGGCAGGAUGGAAACUGGAAACAUUAACCCCCUCAGACCUAAAGAUCCAUUUCUGUUUAUUUCUAUAUAAAUAUCUCAAAGAACUAAGACAUUUUAUCUGUGCUAAAUCAUUUAAAAUAUGCUUUUUUAGCUUCUAUUUGUCAUUUCAUGUUCUAAUUACUUGUGUGUGUGAAAUAUUUCUACAAUU